AGCAUCGUCUCCACCGUGGCCAUGGCUGAGCACUCUAAUAACUAUCCACCAUUAACCAAUCUUAUCACCGUCGUCGGUCCCCAAUUCUGUGCUCCCUACCCUGUUGAUCUCACCAUCGUAAGGAAGGUUUUAUCCAUUGGAGAAGGCAAUUUCUCCGUCGCCGACGUUAACGGCAAUAUCAUCUUCAAAGUUAAAAAUACCCUCUUCAGUCUUCAUGAUCGUCGUGUCCUUCUCGAUGCCAAUAGCAAUCCCCUCCUCUCUAUUCGAAAAAAGAUAUUGAGUGCACAUUCAAGAUGGGAAGUGUUCAGGGGAGAUAGUAGUGACUCGAAUGAUCUGUUAUUUAGUGCAAAGAGGUCUUCUUUGUUCCAAUUUAAGACUCAACUUAAUGUGUUCUUGGCGGGUAAUAAUACCAAUGAGGAAGUUUGUGAUUUCAAGAUCAAAGGGAGCUGGUUGGAGAGAUCUUGCAAGAUCUAUGUUGGAGAUUCCUCUAACCUCAUCGCACAAAUGCAUAAGAAACAUACUGUUCAAAGUGUGCUGUUUGGGAAGGAUAAUUUCACGGUGACUGCGUAUCCAAACGUCGAUCAUGCGUUCAUCGUUUCCCUCAUCGUUAUUCUCAAUGCGAUCAACGAGAGUGCGAACGACACUCACACUGCCGGAGUCUCAGCCACGGCUGCUAUUGGCUGA